UGGCGUCACCCGCUGCGCUCGACGCCGGUCCAGGAGGCUGCAGCAGGUUGAUGAAUUAUUCCCAAGCAGCGUUUAGGGUCUACAAUAAUGAGGAGGUGAAAUACCGCUUAUGAAAGCAAUUUGCGGGAAUUAUUGUAUUUCGAAACAGUUUUAAUCAUUUUUAGUGUGAAUAUGACGACAACUACGACAUUCAAAGGGAUGGAACCCGGCACUAAAAGCAGUUCCAGAGUUUUACGCCCACCAGGUGGUGGUUCCAACAUUUCACUUGGCUCAGAUGAAGACAAACCUCCUGUUCGGAAAAACAAGAUGGCCUCCAGUGUUUUUGCCGAGCCAGAGGACCCCUAUGCUAAUCGAAGGAACAAUCCUCCAGGUGGAAAGCCCACAGGCGUCCUAUGUGGUGAACCCUCAGCCCCCCUGAGGAGAGGAGGGAAUCUCAUCACUAACCAGAGUGCACAAACCCCUCCCACAGAUGGAGACCAAGUACAUGCUGGAAACAGUGUUGCUGAGCCUGAAGCUGUUCCGGAGCAGCAGCAGGAUGAGGACCUCCAUCCGUCUGAGGAGGCCGCUGCAGGACUACCGUCCGGCCGCAGGAACCCCCCAGGGGGCAAAUCCAGCCUCAUCCUGGGCUGAAGCUCAGCCAGUUGCCCCCUAAUUACUUGCAUUUGUCUGUGAAGUCAUCCCUUUUUUUUUUAAAGCAAGGAUCCCUUUCCAUCUAUCUGUACCCAACAAUUUCAUCUGCUGUCCAACAGACACCGGUCUCCUCUACAACCCCAAGUGCAUUGUUUUGAUACCGCUUUUUAAACAGUUUUGUACUGUUGUAUUUUUGUUUUUGUUUGUUUUUGACAGAAGCACUUUAUGUAUUUCUAUGUAUAUGAUUGAAAGCCUGACUUUGGCCCUGUACAGCGUUACAGCUGCUGGAGAAGGUACCGGGAUCAUGUCUCUUUAUAUCGGCCGGUGCAGAAUCUGCCCUGUAAUCUUAUCCCAACAGCACUAGCUGUGCUGCUUUCCAUAACCACUUCCUAAAACACAAAUGGAUAUGAGGUGAGCUGUCACUUGGAUUUUACCAUUCUGCAUGCACAUCAGAUCGGUAAUGUGUGAAUGACAGAAGAAACAUAACUGUGAAGACUUUUUUUAAAAUUAUUAUUUAUUAUGAUCAUUUCUUGUGGAAUAAUUGUAUUGUUGUUGCAUGAUGUUUGAAUCUUUCCAUUGAUUAUAGUGUCACUAUCCCCAUAGGAGCCACAUUUACUGUCGGUGUGAAGAAGAGGAUUCAGUAUUUACUGCACACCAGGAAGCAGAGUCUGGUAUAGGCUUUUCCUUAUAACAUAGCCACCAUCCUUUUUUUAAAAUUACACUGCCGGUUUAGCGUGCCCUGUAUUUUAUAGGUACAGUUUACUCUGCAAACAAAGCGUGCCUGUUGAUGUGUUAGGCUACAGCAUCAAACAUGUUUGGGUUUUCCAAAAGCUUUUAACCAGUGUUGCCGAGACUGGUUCUCUUCCACAGCAGUGGAAUGUUGUUUGUCUUGAUGCUGGAGUGCUUCUUGUAAACCCAACCUAGAUUUGACAAGUGACCUUAUGACAGCCCAGCCCUUUAUGUGUCUUUUCUCCAUUGUUUAACAGAUCAUUACCAUGGUAAUCGGGAACUUAAACCAGUGUUUUUGUACACUUUGUGUCUGGUUUUGAGCAGAAUCCGUCCCAUCUCCUGUUUCUGUGAAUCACAGUUUUGAUUUUCCUCUGGUCAUAAGGCAACUAACAGGUUCAGCGACCUGAAAUGUCAUUUCCGUGGGGUGUGAUAUGUUUAUAGUAAGUGUUUUAUGGUGCGAGGCAUGUUCAGUUACAUUCUCGACAGUGUUGUUUGUGGGUGUAAGGAACGACAAGUAUUUGAAACUAAGAAAUGGCACAAGUGAAGAAGGAAAGAAAAUGAACAUUAAAAUCUGUUUUGACCAUGA